AUGCAAGACUCUUCAUUUCACACCUUUCCCGCGCAAAAGCCGCCAGACAAGGUGAUCCGAGCCGUGCACAGAUGCCCACACUGCCCCAAAAUCUUCAAAAGAAGCGAGCACUGCGCUCGCCACCAGUUCUCCCACAACAGGCAGCGACCGUAUCCCUGCCAAUUUUGUGGCAAAACUUAUGCCCGAAAGGACCUCGUCAAGCGACACGAACGGACUAUCCAUGCCGAGGCGUAUUCGAAGCUCGUUCCCACCAGCGGUGGUGAAGCUGGUACAAAUGAUGAUGCCAGUCGCCAUCCGAGUCAAAUCGCUCCUCCAUCCGAGACUGCCCAAUCUCCGUCCUCUCCAGAUCCAGCACACCCGCAAACAAGCGUCGAGGAGUUUGGGCCGAUUGACGGCCCAGCAACACCGGGCUCAACCACUGCGCCUUCAAAUGGGAGCCAGGACACGCAAGCCAUGCUCCCUGAAGGGGUUGGGGCGCUGUCAGUUUCCAGUGCCACCUCGCGACACCCGAUUCAUUCCGGACAUGGUAACGCGACUCAACCCCAUGCAACUUCGACGGGUCUACGGAGACCCUACGAAGCAACCUCGCACGGUGACGGAACGAGCACCAGCUACCCGAUACCGCAGAUGCCAGAUCCUAUGUCCAUCGCUCCGAUAGGCCUCCUGGACUUUGCAAUGGGCGAGAUACUCUGUGAGAAUGAUGUUCGGCGCGAUGGUGCACAGAGGCCCCUCGCUGCUACAGAGAAUUCCGACUCGAUACCAACAUCAGAUGCAUACGAUGCUAGGCAGCCCCUUCAUUCUCGAAUUGCAUCGUCUGCGGAUCCCCUCAGCUUCGUACAAUCCUUGGAUUUUCUCAACCAUGAUCUCGGCAUGAUGGGGGGUGACUUUCUUUACAGCCAAGUCUUGGAAAUGCCAGAACCUGGUGGUUUCUUCAAUUGGCAAGGAGGCAUGGCCGGUCUCUUGGAAUUUCCGACCCAGGCCGCGCACCCGCAACCAAGAUCUCCCGACGAAUCUUUCCCCACUCCGGAAAGUGUUGGAGCAGCUGAGCAUAACGGGCUUGACAGGCAGUCGAAGGAAGGAUCAACGCGGCUACCCAAAGUACUGAAGGAGCAAUCUGUAAAUCCCCCUCGGCUAGCCAUAGGCGAGAACACUUACGGGAGGCUACUUCUCGACACCUUCGAGCGGCUGGGACAACGCGACGAGGAUGCACUUCCCGUCAAGAACUGCCGCGAAGUUCAACACCUGAUCAAUGGAUAUGUCGACUAUUUUCAUCGACAUUUUCCCAUCCUCCACCUCGCAUCGUUAGUGCCUUGGGAGACACCGAGUCCCCUUAUAUGGGCCAUGUGCUGCAUCGGCGCGCUGUAUCGGCUGGACCGUCAGAAAGCACGUCGCAUAUACCGGAUCACAGUCCAGAUGCUCAACGCGCAGUUCGACCAGGACGGCAUACCGAUACCGUUGAACUCCCCGAAGAGUGCGAACGAAUGGCCCUGGGAUGAUACCCACACGAAGCAAGCCUCCCAAAUGCGGCCUCUAUGGCUGAUGCAGACGCGGCCGUCGUCGGGGUUAUCCUGGAGGGAUUGGAUCGAAAGAGAGUCCAAUAAGCGGCUUCUAUGCGGCAUAUUCAUCCACAGUAAUCUGCUCGUCACCCUCUACGAUAUUUUACCCGGAUUUGAUACCACUCAAGACCUUGAUAUUGAGGUCCUUGAAGAAGAAGGCCUGUGGAAUGUGUCGAGCGCCGAGGAGUGGCAAACUCUACGGCAGACAACAGCCGCGCCCACCAAGACCAUCCAAACCGUGCUGGUUGACACGCUCUCGGGCGUGACGGACGAUGAUCCAGCCCCCGAGCCUUACUAUAUCUCGGGAUUCACGGCGCUCAUUGUGAUACACGCAGUCAACGUCCAUGUUUGGCAUAUCAGCCAGGUCUCCCAGACCCUCAGCAAAGGUCUCAAGACGGGAGGUUACGCUUCCAACGUCCUGUUAUCACACACCCUCGCGUCGCUGGCAAGAUGUCGUGACGUGCUACGCCAAUCUCGGACCGAGACUGCUGAGCCUCUGUGGGACGACACAGAAGGUCCCUUGUUGUUCAAUUGCGAGGCCAUGCUCCGCGUGGCCUACACCCGCUUGUUCACCGAUGUGAGCAUGCCGCAGAGAUUCACGCUGCUUUGCAACUCCGGCGAGGACAGGCCUGCGGCGCUGAGAGCCUUGGUGACGGCUAAGCAGGAACGAAGUCCGUUGAUGACCAAGGCGGUUGCUUACGCCCUUGACUCCUUCUUCGUCCCGAUGAAGAUAGGAUACCUGCUAGUGAAGAAAACUGCUGCUUUUACGUGGAGUGUCGAGCAUGCGAUUGCUGUUUGGGGUUGUGCCAUCCUCCUAUGCCGGUGGAUUCACUGCAUUGAAACCCACGGAUCGCGGGAUGCUCCGACAGAAGCAGAGGCUCAACUCAUCGACCAGGUAAAGGCAGUGUUGAAGGAUACGGAUUGCGAUUACGAGGAAGGUCGGUCUUUGGCAGCAGCUGUCGCAACGGCAUGGGCUUCACUGAACAAUGAUGUCUGGGUUUGGGGGAUAACGGCAAGACUGGGUCAGAUCCUGGCUGAGCUCUCGCAGGCGUAUGAGUCCAAUUACAGGGAACACCGGGAAAGGCGAAUGGUGGAGGAUUGA